CUAACCAGUUAAUUACAUUUGGUAGACCGGAUUGAUUGUUACAAAGGAAUGCAUCGGAUUUCCCUAGAUCAAUUUUAAACAAAACAAUUUUAAAUUUCGGGUCAUUAUGAUGCACUCUUUUCCAAGUUUUUGUAUAACUACGCAGAUAAUUUUUUUUAUUGAGUCGUUAAGAGGAAACUUCAUUAUUCAACCAGUUCAGCAUCUUGAAGGCUAUGAUUACACCACACAGUCAUUUUCGAUGAAUUUAAAGAGUGAAAGUCAUCUUGAAAUCGUUAAUGAGUGGAAAUAUUUGGACUUUGAAUAUUCAACAUUUGUCGAACGUCAACAAGCAAUUUUGAAUGGAGACUUCGUGCCAAAAAAUAAUUUACCUCUUGGUAUAGAUGUUUAUCAAGACCGACUGUUUGUUACAACGCCUCGUUGGAAGGAUGGAGUUCCUGCAAGUUUAGGCACAAUUCCGUUUCCUCCAAAAGAGUCGAGCCCAGCAAUAAAACCGUAUCCGAAUUGGGAGGCUCAUGGAAACCCCAUUAAUCCCGACUGCUUAAAACUAAUAUCGGUGUAUCGUACAGCGGUAGAUAGAUGCCAAAGGCUUUGGAUGAUCGAUUCUGGUAUUGUUAAUGCGACAAUCAAUUUAAAUCAGAUCUGCCCGCCUAAAAUAGUUGUAUAUGACCUUAAUACUGACGAAUUGAUCGUUCGAUACAAUUUGGAAAAAUCUCAUGUUAAGCAGGAUUCCCUGCACUCAAAUAUAGUUGUGGAUAUUGGAGAUAAUUGCGACGAUGCUCAUGCUAUUGUAUCAGAUGUAUGGAGAUUUGGGCUUGUUGUUUAUAGCCUUUCAAAAAACCGAAGCUGGAGAGUGACAAACUAUAAUUUCUAUCCCAACCCAAUUGCUUCAGACUUUAAUAUAUACGGAUUGAACUUUCAAUGGAUGGAUGGUGUGUUUGGUAUGAGUAUAUCUGGCAAAAAGGGAAGUGUGCAACGGCAUCUUUACUUCCAUCCCAUGGCAAGCUUUAAGGAGUUUAUGGUACCGAUGGAUCUCUUGCUAAACGAAUCUUUAUGGAUAAAUUCUAAUCAAGACAACGCAAAGUACUUCUUUUCAAUUGGGGAUCGUGGAUUUAAUAGUCAGUCAUCUACUUCCGGAAUCACAAGGAAUGGAAUAAUGUUUUUUACACAAGUUCAUGAAGACAAUGUUGGUUGCUGGGACACAACAAAGCCAUACACUCGAGCCAAUUUGGGAAAACUUCUAGAUCUAAAAAAGGAACCAAACUUAAUACAAUUUCCUAAUGAUUUAAAAAUAGACAACAGAGAAGACCAAAGUGUAUGGAUAAUGAGUAACCGACUGCCAAUUUUCUUAUAUAGCAACCUGGACUAUGGAGAAGUCAAUUUUCGGAUAUUAAAAGCGAGCGUGAAUAAGAUUGUUCGUAACAGUAUUUGCAAUCCGAGCAAUAAGAACGUUAAUGAAUCAAAAUCCGCUUAUGUGUUUAUAGAAGAAGGACAAUGUUAUUAAAAGUUUUGUAAAUAAAGGUUUUCGAUCUUGCUGUCAA